UCAACAAGGCGAGGGAGGGGGACACCAGCGCCGAGAAGGGGGAGCGCGGAGCGUGCGCGGGCUGUUGCACAGCACUACCCUGGCCCUUACCAGCAUCCCCGGGAGCCUUCGACUACCUCUUCCCCCGCCUCCGCCUGCUCCCAGCCCGGACCUCGCGGCCCUGACCCGUCUUUUGUGCUGAUCUCCGCGUCCCCGCUUCCACUCCGGAGGGUGACCAUCCGCCGCGAUGCCAGGCGUGUGGGACAGCUUCUCUUCCUCGCUGCCUCCCAUUCCAGAGCAGAGAGAGAACCAGCCCUCACCCAUCUUCUCUCGGGGAAAGAGCUGGCAGCAGGAAGUGCCCGAUCGCUGUGUCCGAGCGGAGAGCUCCGAUUGUGAAUCCCUGGACAGCAGCUUGAGCUGUGAAGGAGAUGCAGAGUACCUGGAUGAAGUUUCUCUGCCAGACUUUGACUUGUUAAAUGACCCUGAAGACGAACUCCUAUGUAACGAUCUCAUGAAACUAAUCCAAGUCAGUCUGAACAAAGCCAACAUCAAUUCCAAGCGCUGCUCCAGACUUGUGAUGCCAAGCCAACUCGUCACUCAAGUCAGCAAAGAGCUGCUUCACCUGGCUUAUAGUGAGCCCUGUGGCCUGAGAGGUGCCCUCAUUGACCUGUGUGUUGAACAAGGGAAGGGGUGUCACAGUGUGGGGCAGAUUGCAGUGGAUCCGAAUCUUGUGCCUACUUUCCAGCUGACCCUUGUGUUAAGAUUGGACUCCCGGCUCUGGCCUAAAAUCCAGGGACUUCUUAGCUCUGGGACUUCUUUCACUCCAGGCUUCAGUCAGUCGCUGAAGCUGAGCACUGGAUUCAGAGUCAUUAAAAAGAAGCUUUACAGCUCUGAGCAGUUGCUAAUAGAGGAGUGCUGAAGGCGCCUCAUAGAGGAAUAACCGAUCAUUACUCUUUAAACUGGCGUAGAGCACCAGGAGAAACUGGCGUGACAACUUACUUAAGUGCUUUGAAAAAGUGAACAUAAGCUGGUUAAAAUGUGGCAACUGUUUAGAGCCUCGGUUAGUUUGGAGCAUGACUGUACAAUUAUAGAAGGAAAUAGUCCAAACAGAGAGGGAGGGCAAGGAGGAAGCUUGCUGGAAAACAAAACUGCAUCCUGCUUCCCUCACUCUGAGUGGGCAUAGAUAGCAAGUGAGCGCUAGCUUUAACCUUUCAGUGAUUGUAGGACAACUUUUUAUUGUACUGACUUCUUCAGUUAGUCUUGUGACAGUGCUGAUGCCAGAUGCAGCAGCAGGGCUGCUUUGGGGGUAGACAGUCUCCCUAUUCCUGGCUGAUUUUUUUUUUUUUUUUAAUAACAAAAUACAUUGUAAUCAAUGUUGGGGUUUUUUGCAGGGGGAGGGUGGUGCAUGUGUAUGAGUGAAUGGUGGUUAAACUUAGGUCUAAUGGGACCAAGUAUAUGUAUUUGGAUCAAAGAUGAUGCUCCACUACUGACAUUAGGGCAGCUAUAUAUAGACUUCAAGGGAAUGCAGAAGCAGGAGUUGUUGGGUUGUUGUCAUCACUUCAUAUUUUUGAUGCUUGAAGAAAACGCUGCUGGGAGCUGCUUACAGCACUCCAGUACUGCAUGCCAGAGGGGGAGGUGUGACGUGAUGCUCGCACCCUCACAAACAACCUAUAUGAUAUGCCAUGGAGUGCUCCUGUUGAGUACAGUUUACAUUAAUACACUUGAUGUUCGAGUGCAAGCCUUUCUAUGCAAUUGUAUUGUUUUUUGGGUGUGUUUUUUACUUUUCUAAUAAAACCUUUCUAAUUAAAACGAGACAA